UGACUGAUCCUACCGCCCGCUCUCUGUAGCCUGUUUGCUGUGGUUGUAGAGCAGCACAUCAGAACCUUUAUCCUUGGUGCAGUGAACAUGUUUUCAAUAGAAUGCUCUCAUUCCAUGCAUGCGUGAGUAGACCGGCUGUAACCCACUGCCAGUGUUGCGGCGUGGCCAUUGCCUUUGGUUCGUUUACCGGAAGAUUAUUCUACCUCCUCUUGAUUUCUCGUGGGUUUUCCUACGAAGUGAUUGCAUAGUCGUAGCCGAGGAUUCUCUUAGCUUUCCCCUUAGGUAAACGUAAUUAUAUAUCACCUGCUUUCGCUGUAAGCCCCAUUCACUGGGAACAUGGCGAGCGACUCCCCGGCACGAAGUCUGGAUGAAAUAGACCUCUCCGCGCUGAGGGACCCUGCUGGCAUAUUUGAGCUGGUCGAAUUGGUCGGCAAUGGGACAUACGGACAGGUGUACAAGGGUCGUCAUGUCAAGACGGGACAGCUGGCAGCCAUCAAGGUCAUGGAUGUCACAGGAGAUGAAGAGGAGGAGAUCAAGGCGGAGAUCAACAUGCUGAAGAAGUACUCCCACCACCGUAACAUCGCCACCUACUAUGGUGCCUUCAUCAAGAAGAACCCACCAGGCAUAGAUGACCAGCUUUGGCUGGUGAUGGAGUUCUGUGGGGCGGGCUCGGUGACGGACCUUAUUAAGAACACCAAAGGUAACACCCUGAAAGAAGAGUGGACAGCCUACAUCUGCAGAGAAAUCCUGAGGGGCCUCGCGCACCUCCACCAGCACAAAGUCAUCCACCGAGACAUCAAGGGCCAGAACGUUCUACUGACUGAGAAUGCAGAGGUCAAGCUUGUGGACUUUGGCGUGAGCGCUCAGCUGGACCGCACGGUUGGCCGAAGGAACACGUUCAUUGGCACGCCUUACUGGAUGGCUCCUGAAGUCAUCGCCUGUGACGAGAACCCGGAUGCUACAUACGACUUCAAGAGUGACCUGUGGUCGUUGGGAAUCACCGCUAUCGAGAUGGCAGAGGGAGCCCCACCGCUGUGUGACAUGCAUCCGAUGCGAGCCCUCUUCCUCAUCCCCAGGAACCCCGCUCCCCGGCUCAAGUCCAAGAAGUGGUCCAAAAAGUUCCACCAGUUCAUCGAGAGCUGCCUGCUGAAGAACCACAACCAGCGGCCCAGCACGGAGCAGCUGCUGACCCACGCCUUCAUCAGGGAGCUGCCCAAUGAGAGGCACAUCCGUAUCCAGCUCAAGGACCACAUCGACCGCACCCGCAAGAAGCGGGGGGAGAGAGAUGAGACGGAGUACGAGUACAGCGGGAGUGAGGAGGAGGAAGAGGAGCACGACAAGGGAGAACCCAGUUCCAUCAUCAACGUCCCGGGCGAGUCGACCCUGAGGCGGGACUUCCUGCGCCUGCAGCUGGCCAAUAAGGAGCGCUCGGACGCGCUGCGGCGGCAGCAGCUGGAGCAGCAGCAGAACGAGGAGCACAAGCGCCAACUGCUGGCCGAGCGGCAGAAGCGCAUCGAGGAGCAGAAGGAGCAGCGGAGGAGACUGGAGGAGCAACAGCGGCGUGAGCGAGAGCUCCGGAAACAGCAGGAGAGAGAGCAGCGGCGGCGCUAUGAGGAAAUGGAGCAGCUGCGCCGAGAAGAGGAGAGGAGACAGGCCGAGAGGGAGCAGGAGUACAUCCGCCGGCAGUUGGAGGAGGAGCAGAGGCAGCUAGAGAUUCUGCAGCAGCAGCUCCUGCAGGAGCAAGCUCUCCUUCUGGAGUACAAGCGUAAGCAGCAUGAGGAACAGAGGCAGGCCGAGCGUCUCCAGCGGCAGCUCCAGCAGGAGAGGGCCUACCUGGUGUCCCUUCAACACCAGCAGCAGCAGCAGCAGCAGGAGUCGCGGCAGGCGGCCGAGAAGAAGCAGCUGUACCACUACAAAGAUGCCGUCAACCCCGCUGACAAGCCGGCGUGGGCCAAGGAGCUUCCCCACCCCCUCCCACCCUCUCAGGUCCUCAAGCAGCUAGCAGCUGAAACCCCCCGGUCCGCCGGUCUCCGCCAGCACCACUCCUUCCACCUGGUGGAGCCUCCCCCCAACUACCCGGCCCCGCGGCCUAACUUCGGUGCCCGCCGCGCCCCCUCCCACGCGGCUAACAUGCCCCUCUCCAGCAGACCUCAGCUGCAGCAGAAGCAGCAGCAGCAGCAGCCGCAGCAGCCGCAGAAGCAGUCUCAGCACCAGCCCAGGCAAACCCCCCACAUCCAGCUGUCUCCAGACAGCGCCCUGGCCCUGCAGAUCAGCCAGCACGUGCGCAGGGAGCUAAAGGCCAAGCGGGCCCAGAGCCAGCAGCCCCGCGGACGCAGCCCAGACCACCACCCCAAACCCCAGGCCAACCCCAACGCGGUUGAGGAGCGCUCCAAGCUGAACCGUCAGAGUUCUCCAGCGCUGCAGCACAAAGUCACCAAUCGGAUCUCCGACCCCUCUCUCCCACCCCGUUCCGAGUCCUUCAGCAGUGGGGGGGUUCAGCCGGCUCGCACCCCACCCAUGCAUCGGCCCAUAGAGCCACAGAUGGCCCAUCUGGUGCCUGUGAAGUCCCACAGUCCCACCAUGUCUGGAUCGCAGUCCCUGCACGACCAGUCGCCCAAGGGGGUCGCCGGCUUCCAGGAGGGCCCACCAUCCCACCGGCCCGAGAUGCCCCCCCGGCAGAACUCGGACCCCACCUCCGAGGUCCCCGCCCUGCCCUCCCGCGUGGACAAGCUGGAGCGGGGCUCCUGGCUCAGGGAAGAGGAUAUUCCCCCCAAGGUGCCCCAGAGAACCAUCUCCAUCUCUCCAGCGCUGGUCAGGAAGAACUCCCCCGGAAACGGAGGAGGAGGAGGAGGAGGAGGAGGAGGAGGGCUAUUGCCUAGAGCAGGACCACAACCACAACUCAUACGGGCCAGUAACCCUGACCUGCGGCAGCCGGAGCUGUCACUAGACGCGGCUCUGCAGAGGCCCAGCAGCAACAGCUCAUCCAGCUCUGGCACACCCACCUCCCAACCGGGAUCCAGCGAGAGGAACCAGAGCAGAGAUGCACCCAAGGCCGAGACCUCUCCCACCGCAUCCCAGGAAAGCCCCAAGCCCAAGCAAGAGGAAGCUCGCGAGACACCUAGACCCAGUAGACCAGCAAGCUAUAAGAAAGCCGUAGAUGAGGACCUGACUGCGUUGGCCAGGGAGUUGCGUGAGCUGCGGGCGGAUGAGGCUCCUCGCCCCCCCAUAAAGGUAACGGACUACUCCUCCUCCAGCGAGGAUUCAGAGAGCAGCGAGGAUGAUGGGGAGAACGUGGGCCUCGAUGGCACCGUGCACGUCAGUGACGUCCCACGGAUCAUGCCAUCAGCACAGGGUAAUAAUGAGUCCUACGGAGGCGGCCAUGACGAUUCACUCAAUGAUGGUUCCAAAGACGGCACCCUGAUGCUGGGAGAGACACGUGAAAGGAAGCGCUCUACUCACUCAGAGAGCAACGGCUUUGCCGGCCACGGCAACCUGCCAGACCUGGUCCAGCAGAGCCACUCCCCAGCCGGGACGCCCACAGAGGGCCUGGGCCGCCUCUCCGGCCUGGAUGCCAUGGAGGAGUUUGCAAAGGGGGGAGGUUCUAAGUCCUCCUUCACACCAUUUGUGGAUCCGCGGGUCUACCCCACCUCUCCCUCCGACGCCGACAGUGACUCGGCUGAAGCACUAUUUGCGAACGAGCUGCUGAGGCAGGAGGAGGCCAAGCUGAACGAGGCCAGGAAGAUCUCUGUUGUCAAUGUCAACCCCACCAACAUCCGCCCGCACAGCGACACGCCCGAGAUCCGCAAGUACAAGAAGCGCUUCAACUCGGAGAUCCUGUGUGCUGCUCUAUGGGGCGUCAACCUGCUGGUGGGCACAGAGAAUGGCCUGAUGCUCCUGGACCGCAGCGGCCAGGGCAAGGUCUACAACCUGAUCACACGCAGGCGCUUCCUGCAGAUGGACGUGCUGGAGGGCCUCAACGUGCUGGUCACCAUAUCAGGCAAGAAGAACAAACUGCGGGUGUACUAUCUGUCCUGGCUGAGGAACCGGAUCUUGCACAAUGACCCUGAAGUGGAGAAGAAGCAGGGAUGGGUUACCGUAGGAGAGCUGGAGGGCUGUGUGCACUAUAAAGUUGUGAAAUAUGAGCGAAUCAAAUUCCUGGUGAUUGCUCUGAAGAACUCGGUGGAGAUUUAUGCCUGGGCCCCCAAGCCCUACCAUAAAUUCAUGGCUUUCAAGUCUUUCACAGAUCUGCCUCAGAGGCCUCAGCUGGUGGACUUGACGGUGGAGGAAGGUCAGAGGCUCAAGGUCAUCUACGGCUCCAACAUGGGCUUCCAUGUCAUUGAUGUGGACUCCGGGAACCCCUUCGACAUCUACAUCCCCUCACACAUCCAGAGCAGCGUGACUCCGCACGCCAUCGUGGUGCUCCCCAAGACGGACGGCAUGGAGAUGCUGCUGUGCUACGAGGACGAGGGCGUGUACGUCAACACGUACGGACGCAUCACCAAGGACGUGGUGUUGCAGUGGGGAGAGAUGCCCACCUCAGUCGCUUAUAUCCACUCCAACCAGAUCAUGGGCUGGGGAGAGAAGGCCAUCGAGAUCCGCUCUGUGGAGACGGGCCACCUGGACGGGGUCUUCAUGCACAAGCGAGCGCAGCGCUUGAAGUUCCUCUGUGAGAGGAAUGACAAGGUGUUCUUUGCCUCGGUCCGCUCGGGUGGCAGCAGUCAGGUGUUCUUUAUGACCCUCAACAGGAACUCCAUGAUGAACUGGUGAAGCUCCUGUCCGAGUUGACGCCACUGAGGCAACCCUAGUCACAAGGAGCCAAGAUGGUGUCUGAUUUUUUUAGGUACAUUUAACACUGGUUCAAAAGAAUGAAAAUUAAGAAGAAAAUAAUACAGUUCUAGAGAAACUAAAGAGCCUCAGACUGUGAUCAAGCCAAGUUUCCAGAUCUCCAGUUCUGGAAAGGAUUGCCUUGUAUCAAGCUUUUUGGUUGGAGAGCCACGGAACUGGCUUUUUGAACUGGAGCCGCUACUCCUGAGCGCCUGUUCCCCACAGUGACAUGCCAUCUCCAGCAGGGGGAGCCAAAGCGGCUUGCUGCUGGGAAAAGAGACUGGUCAUGGAGCCUCCUCUGAGGCGGCUCUCCAUUUCUCUGUGUGCUAUUCCACCCUCACACCUUACAAUGGGACUUUAAACCUGUGGACUUUUAACCUGUGGGAGAAAGUGCUGUUUUACUGCUUUACUGUCUCGGGCAGCAGAGGGGCAGGAUUAUCACAGCAAGCUGUACAGGAAAUAUGUGUGCGUGCGUGUGUGUGUGUUGGGUGGUUGUGGGGAAUGUGAAAAGAUUAAAAAAUAAAGAGGCAACCUCUGACAGAGGGAAACUUCUAGACCUUUGAUGUUUUCAUCCACAGUGAAAUCAGGUUGUUUUUGUUUCUCACUCCCGCAGCUCCUGUGAUACAUUGGUGUAGGAGGAGAGGAGUGCAGCAGGUUGGUGCUAAACAUGAGCACUAUACCUAUACUGUAUUGAGGGCUGUGGCCUUUUUGGGGCUGGUGCUCUUGUUGUCCCCAUCACCCUCUCAGCCUUCAUAUCACCACUGCUGUCUUUGGCUCAGGCCGUUGUGGAGUGGAAUUCAGACCUUAUGCUCUUGGACGUUCCUCCUAGGUUCUGGUGCAUCAUGUGUCUUGAGUUUAACCUUGUCCUCCAGCUCAUCACCUCCCAAGCCCGCGAUUGUGUUCGGAACAUUCCUGUCGAUUCCCGCCACCCCUUCAAAAUGCUCGUGUCUUCAGAACUGCUCCACCAAGCAAGCCCCAAAUGUCAACACGGCUGCCUCUUGUGCACUGCUGAAUCGUAACAACUACUGUACACCUUGGGACUGUAAUUGACCUACCUCGUAAUCAUGUGUCUUGGGUUAUUUCUUUUCAGAAAGGCAGAGGCUGAUCGAGAGACCUUACAUUAUAGCUGAUGUUUUCACAACAAUACCUUCAUCCUUAUGAAAAUGAGAGUGGGAUUGCCAGAAUAGGAGAACUCACUUAAGACACAGUUUCAGACUAAGAUCAUGUGUUAUUCUGAUUUGAGCAGGAAAAGAAAAUAGGUAUAUUUUCUUUUAUUGAAAUCAUUUUAUAUCAUUUUGAAUUUGAUGAUGUAUCAUCUAGCAUGGUAUAAAUAGUUUAAAGUUUCCUUUAUAUAUACAUACUGGGGAAAAAAAAAGAUUGACCUUGUUUUAACAUUGUAGAUGUGACAUAAAAUAAUAUGACAGUAAGUGUGUUUUAACGUAAGUAGGCAAAAGACAAGUCUGAUUAAAUCACUCACAGAAUGCAGCAAGCAGAAAUGUGUAGCCCUGCUUGCGGAUUUAAAACUACUGUAGCCAUUCAUUGCCGAUUGAUUGACAUGGGAAAACAGACAGGGAGGCCAGACCAUGUGAAGUGCCCUUGAGAAGGGAAGGGAAGGGAAGGGAAGGGAAGGGAAGGGAAGAGAAGGGGCUUUGGACUGGUGCCUCGUAAACAGGCUCAGGUGGGCAAGCCCCACUUCCUUUGGUGUGGAUCUGAGCACACCUCCACACACACCACAGCUUCAGAAUUCUCCUCCUGGGUUGAGUCAUGGGACCAGCCCUGCACAUCCUCUCAAUCCAUCUCAUAGCUGUAGUGUAGUAUACACAUUCCGGAAACUUCCGAAGAGGAUACCGGAGUUGCAGAAGUCCUCAAACUGGAUUAUUAAUCUUUUUUUUUUUUUCUUGUUUACUGUUUAGGAUGAGGGAGGUGCUACUUUUUCUUCCUUUUAAUUGAUGUCUUUGAAAUAUUUUGUAAAUAUUUCACACCAUCAAGUGACCACAGUUGAAGCGGUGCAAGUGUCAUUUCUAAUAGUCAUACUGCAUCCAUUACAGAUUUGUUUAUCUUGUUUUCACGUACACUGUAAUUAUCUUGGUCCCCUGUGUGCAAUCACAUAAGCCCUGGGAGUGUAUCUAUCGUUCAAUCUUCUGAACAUCUCUCUGGGGUCAUCUGUCAUUUUUGCACACUGUACAUAUUUGUAUUUCAGACAUGCAUUUAAAUGGACAAAGAGAAGAGUUAUGUGGAGACAUGAGUGUUUGCACUCCUGAUAUAGAGUUUUAGCAAUAAUGAUGUCUUGCUGUGCGUGUGCGUGCGUGCGCGUGCAUGCGUGUUUGUGUGCGUGCGUGCGUGCGUGUGUUUGUGUGUGUGUAGUGAUUGAGUGAAUGUUUGGGAGGAACACUGUGCUAGCUUGUGCUUGGGAGUUUUAAAGAGAAUCAGACUCUCCUGUCACUUUGACUUUCACAUAUUUGACUUUCAGUUAUAGUGGCAUUGACACUUUAAUCACCUCAAACAAUGAUUGGGUAGUGUUUUAGUUUUUGACAUGUUCCCCAAGGAGACGGUCAUGGUUUCCACCCACACAAGACAUCAAUGGUUGUCUUUCAUUUUGUUUUUUAAGAAUAAAGAUAAGAACAAUAAGAAAGUA